UGGGUUUCACCCUUCUCUUUUUAAAUUUUUCUGCUUUACUGAGGAUUUCGUUGUCUGGGAGUUCGUGAGGCAUUGGAGAAUCGAGCUGCCAAUGCCAUUUGUUACGGUUUUGAAGAGUUUUUCGGUGAGUUUUGGGAUACCGAAAAAGUUAGAAUUCAAUGUCUUGGGCAGGCCCGGAAGAUAUCUUUCUUUCCACGUCUCUUGCGAGCUACCUUGACAAGAAACUUCUCAUUUUGCUGCGAGAUGGUCGAAAACUCUUGGGGAUACUUCGCUCUUUCGAUCAAUUUGCCAAUGCUGUUCUUGAAGGUGCUUGCGAGCGGGUGAUUGUUGGUGAUCUUUAUUGUGACAUUCCCUUAGGUCUCUAUGUAAUUCGUGGAGAGAAUGUUGUCUUAAUUGGUGAGCUGGACCUCGAGAGGGAGGAGCUUCCCCCGCAUAUGACUCGUGUUCCAGCUGCAGAAAUAAAAAGGGCACAGAAAGCGGAAAGGGAUUCUACAGAUCUGAAAGGCUCCAUGAGAAAGAGGAUGGAGUUCCUUGAUCUGGAUUGAUGAUUUAUCCUCAUAACAUUUGAUCCUCAAUUUUUGGUCAGUGACUAAAUGCCAUGUCUGCAAAUAUUAUCAUGGUUGGUUGCUGCCAAGGGAGAUCGAUCAUCAGGGAAGAUGGUUUUUUGCCCCCUUUCUCCAUCCAUUUGUUAUUCCUCCACCAUGAAUUUGGACAAGUGGAAUGCUAUCCUCCCCUCUGGUUCUUGACAAUUCUGAAGAGUGAAUUUAACAUGUGAAUGGAUGUAUCAAGUUGCUAUAAUAUUU